AUGGGCACAACGCCGGACGAGCAAGAUGUAAGCCAAACUGCGGGUGUGAUUGCAAAAGUUGCCCACUCGCAGGCGCCUCUUUCGGCGAGGCUCGUGGGUGGAGUCUACGACUCGUCGGGAGUGCGUAUACUUUUCGCCGCGAGUGAAGUUCGAAUACCAGCCAAUGUCGUUCAGGCUCGCCUUCGAGACGGUGUUGUUCACUCGAGUGUGAUAUGCAGACGACACGAUGCCAAUGAAAUACACUCUGGCUUGCUUCAAAACCCACUUUUCCCAGCAGGUUGGAGUUCUGUUUCGACUCUGCCUCAUCGUGGCAAUAGGCACCUCAACACUCCCCAAUCGAGCACUCAAAGCUAUGUUCUAGUAGCUUUCUUAAAAUAA